AUGAGAAAUGAAUCGCCGCUAAUUACCACGAGUUCAACGCAUCCUUCGAAAACUCAAACUGCCCAAGGUUUAAAACUGAGAUCGACUACACUGAUUCAUGAUGGGUGUACGGCGUUUGCACAGUGUGCUUCGACCCGGGGGCAUGAGGUGAUAUUCCCUCGUUCACCAAAGCCAACCGUCAAGACUGGUCAUAUCCUGAAGUCCAAAAUGAGGUCAUUAUGUCCCUUCGCGUGUGCUCUUCCCAAUCAACAGGUACUCUGUCCUUUUGGCGAAAGAAGAGUUGAGCAGAAUCCAGAAGUGUUAAGAGGUUAAUGAUGAGAUAUGCAAAAAGUCCCUUGCUCCGUAUAGUACACACUUUACAGCUUCUCAUUAUUUCUGCGACCUCAUGAUAAAGUCCCUUCCAUUAUGAGC